AAUCGGUUGUAUCUUCUUCUUUCGCUGGUCAAUCUCUGUAUCUCUUUAUCUUCACCUCUUCUUCCAAUCAUCAUUUAUCAUCUUCUCUUUCUUUUUUUCUCCCUCUCUUUUUUCUUCAUCUUCUUCGCCUUCUCUUCACCAUCAACAACAACAACAUCAUCUUCGUUAUUCUCUUUUUUCUUUUUCGUUCCUUUUUUUUUCUUUCCACACAGAGAAGAACCUGUUUUUCUUUGAUUAACUCUUACAAUCAUCGAUAUUGUUUACAGUUAUCUUUUUUUUUUCUUUUCUCAAUUGUAUCUAUUAUUUUAUCUGCUCGCUCUUUGGAUGAAUCAAUCGCUUCUCUCAACACCAAAACCACUUGUUUUACUGUUAUUUCUACUGUUGUUACCUAUUUUUCCUUUUCUUUUUCUCUCUCUUGGAAAUAAUCGAAAACCCUUUUUAACAAUCAUCUAAGUAGAUGAUUUCAGUGACCAAAAUGGACGUGAUUCCUGAUAUUCAUAAUCAUCUUCUCAAAUUGAUGAAUGAUACCGAUGCUCUGCAACUCCAACGAGGAGAAAUCAGUGCUCAUUUCGAGAAUAUCAAUUUUCUGAAACUUCGAUUAGGUGAGAUAAAUCGAGGUUUACUCAGCCACAGGAACAGAUUAACAACAAACACUUGUUCAAGGAUGAACGAUGAAAAUACGCUGAUGAAACUACAGAGACAAAGGGAAAAUUUAUUCAGUGAUUUGAAUGCACUCAACAUGAGAUUCACUGAGGAGAGUGAAGAUUGGAAUAGAAAAUGUACUUCGUUAAUUUCUCAGACAAAGAUUAUCCAAACAAGUGUUUUAGAUGAUUGGGUUGAAUCAUUUCGUCUUACUCAACAAUCAGCUGGUAAUGGUGCUCAUUUCGAUAAUAAUUUAGACUUGAUUCAAACAUUUUGCGAAACGUUAGGAGGGAUUUGGUUGAAGCUUAGAACUCAAUUAGAUUUAAUGUCCAAAUAUGGAACCUCAAGAGAUGCUGAAUAUUUGGAGAUGAGACAUGAAGUGGACAAUAUGAUUGGACAAUUGGUUAAACGGACAUUUAUUGUCGAGAAACAACCACCUCAAGUACUCAAGACACAAACUCGUUUCCCGUCAACAGUAAGAUCACUUGUCGGUGGUUUAUUGAUUUCUUCUCAGCAUCAACCGAUCGUUCGUGCCUCAAUUUUAAAUGAAUCUCAGGCUCGUAACUUAAUGCAAUCAUCUCACGAUGGUAAUAUAACUCUGACCGAUGCAUCUUCAGGUGCCAUUCUCAAUAGAGAAUCACCCAUAGAAUGUCAUCCAACCACCAAACAAUUCAUUGCCAAUUUUCGUACUAUGACUCUGAAGAAAAUCACUCGAACCGAGAAAAAGGGAACUGAAUCAGUGAUGGAUGAAAAAUUUGCAAUUCUUUUCCAAGCCGUUUUCAAAAUCGCUGCUGGUGAACUCGUUUUCUACGUCAAGACUUUAUCCUUACCAUUAGUUGUUAUCGUUCAUGGUAAUCAAGAAAAUCAUGCUUGGGCUACAGUCACAUGGGACAACGCGUUUGCAUCAGCCUCUCGAAUCCCUUUCGUUGUACCCGACAAGGUUCAAUGGGCCGCUGUUGGCCAAGUAUUGAGUACAAAAUUCAACGCCUCUGUUGGUUGUAACCUUAAUCCAGAGGAUUUAAGUUUCCUUGCUGCCAAAGCUUUCAGAGAUUUCAAUCUACAGGAAUACAACUCAAUUUAUCUGAGUUGGGGACAAUUUGCAAAGGAAACUCUUCCCGAUCGUAAUUUCACUUUUUGGGAAUGGUUUUAUUCAAUUCUUAAAUUAACCAGAGAACAUUUGAAAGAUCUCUGGAGACCCGAUAAUCGACUCAUCUAUGGAUUCAUCAGUCGUAAACAAACAGAGGAUGUUCUGAUGGAUAAACCGGAUGGAACUUUUCUACUUCGUUAUAGUGAAACUGAACUUGGGUGUAUUACAAUCGCUUAUAAAGCAGAAACAAAAACUGGAGAUCAGAAAUGUGUUUACAUGAUAAAACCAUUCAGUCAAAAGGAUAUACAGAUUCGAUCACUUGCCGAUCGAAUUCAUGAUUUAAAACACUUGAAAUAUUUGUACCCAGAGAUUCCCAAAGAUCAAGUCUUCGGCCGAUUCUAUGAGCCCAUGAAAGAUGUCGAACCAGACGCCGAAGGCUAUAUUCCACCAGUUCUUGUGACCCACAUACCAGAAUGGGCCCCUGGAGGUGGAAUCGAUUCAUAUCCAAAUACACCUCAUUCCGUUAUCAAUACUCAAUCACCUUCGAUGAAUGAGAUUUACGGAGAUCCACCAAGUUCAGUUGGAAGUUUAUCAAGUGAUGUUCGGUUGAAUGUCGAGUCCAUGUCAUCUUUCCAAGAUGUUGAUCUUUACAAUAUAAUGAACGACGUUGAUUACGAUAUGGAUGAUAUUCCAGCCGAUUUAUCCGGAGUUGGAUUAAAUGAUCUCCUCGCUAACGCCAAUGGAUUUAAUCGUCUUGAUGGUUAACAUUAAAUUAUUAUCGAUGGAAAAUCAAUUAUGAUUUACAAUCAAGGCUCUCACCUUUUAAUCAAUAUGCACACACACAAACACAAAACCCAAUCACUCAUCUAUUUUACCGGGAUUAAUUUAGUUUCUUAAUCAACCCAGAGCAUGAGCAACAUUACAAUCUUAAUCGACUAUUUUUCUUCCCCUCACAAUUAUGAUUAGUUUAUCCAAAAUGAUAUCUUAAUUUUUAUAGUUUAAAAUAUCAAACUAAUCAUUUGACUAUUUUUCUCAAUCUAAACUAGAUUAACUUAACUGUUCCUCUUUCCUCUCAAAACUGUACAAUCUAUUUUUCAAUUCCCUCCGCAAUUAUCUCUGUGAAUUAUGAUUCACCCACCGAAGUCAAAUCAUCUCUUAUUUUAUUGAUCAAUUUGUUAAUCAUCACAAUCACUUUCUCCUUAAUUAUCUUCAUUUUUCCUCCCUGAUUAACUUUUAUUUUUAUUCUGUCAAUUUCUCUCUUUGAUCUGAAUCAUAAUCUUUGAGAUUAACUAAAUUCUUGUUUGUUUUUCUUUGGACUUAAUCAACAAUCAAUUGUAAUCCAUUAAUUGGAGAUGAAAAAAAUCUUACCUUUCGCUUUGGUUAAUCCAAUUGAUCAAUUUAAAAAGUUUGAUUGUUAAUGGAAAAUUAAAGUUUACAUUCAAUUACAA